UCGCGCACGGUUACACGAUACGGCCCGACCUGCGUCGUUCGACCCACGUACCGGGGAGCGUCCGGGCGGCACCAGCGGCCCGCCCGCCCACCGUGCCGACUCUGCCUGACCUUGUGACCGGCGCCGUCUCACCUGGCGCGGUCGGCGGGCCGCGCAGGCGCAGUAGGGACUGCUGGGACCGGUCCGGCGGGCCGCGGACCCCGGCGGACCCGGCUGGACCGGGCGGCAGGGCACGGGGCCGGCAGACACGGCGUCCAGCCGGCCGGCGGCGGGACAGACGGGGCUAGUAUCGCCGGCCAUCAGGUGGUGUUUGGGGCCAGUGGGGUGCCGGCUGAGUGUCCAGUGCAUAUGUCAGCUAACUGCAGUGCUGUGAGACCGAAGCCCGCUCCCCCAGUAGGCGGAGGUCAGGGAAAGCAGGCGCCCAGAAUCCGUCCGGUAUUCGUCCGUUGACUGUCAGCUGAAGAGCCCAGCGGACGGCGACGCGAACGGUGGACAGCAGUGGACAGCUACAGCGGACUCUGACGAUGGGGAUCUCUGGGACGUCCAUCGUGCUGAAGCCGAGCGGCCGCGGCCCGGACUCGUUCAUGCCCGGGGACGCGGUGCGCGGAGCGGUGGUGGUCUCCAUCACGGGCAGCGCCGGCUGCAAACUGACAGAGGUAACGCUGACGGUGAAGGGCCAGGCGCGGACCCACUGGACCACCCACAACGGCACCUGGUCGUCCAAACACGCCCAGAAGGAGACCUUUCUCAAACUGGUACUGCCCGUGCUGCGAGUGAAGAAGGGCGCCGUGGCCACGCUACCACCUGGCGAGAACCAGCUCAACUUCAGCUUCACGCUGCCGGCGGGCCUGCCGCACUCGCGGCUGUACGAGCACGGAGAGGUGGCCUACAAGAUGGUGGCGCGCGCCGUCUCCGGCCCGCUGGGAAGUGCCUGGAAUGGCACCACCAAGCUGGAGAUCACCAUGCUGCAGCGCCGAGACCUGAACGCGCUGCCGCACCUCGCCCGUCGUUUGGUGGUGGAGCGGAAGGCCAAGAGCAGCACCUCGCGCCGCGAGGACCCCGGACAAUUCACCGUCAUGCUGCCGCGACAGGGCUUCGUGGCAGGAGAGACCAUCGACGUGUACCUAGACGGCUCGGACGACGUGCUCAGCGCCCUGGCGCGCAACGAGGGACUCGUCAAACUGAAGAGGUGCGAGGAGUUCCGCGCCGGCUCCAGCACGGAGCACCAUAAGCCGGUGCUCACUCAGAAGCGGCUCGGCCUGGAUCCCUCCGAGUGGCGCCAUUUCCAGCUGACCGUGCCGCGAGACGACAUCGGUAUCGAUCCGGCCGUCUGCCGCAUCAUCGCCGCGUCACACUACAUCAAGAUCUGGGACGUCCACCUGCCGCUGACCCUGGGAACCAUCGCGUUCGGCAAGCGCUCCUCGUCUCGGCCGCCGUCGCGCACGCCGUCCGGGGCGCGGCUGGCGUCCUCUCAGAACUCGUCGCGCGCGCCGUCCCGCUCGCCGUCCGGCGUGGCCCUCUGCCAGACGCCGUCCCGGACCAACUCCGGCGCCGACCUCAGCCAGCUGCCCUUCAAGGUGCUCGCCGGACUGGCCCUGUUCCAGAACUCACCCCGGCCGCCCUCGGGGUCGCCGUCCGGGGUGGGUCUGUGUCAGAUCUCACCAAAGGCGCCCUCGAGGUCGGCGUCCGGGGUGGGCCUAUGUCAUAUGUCGCCCAAGGCACCCUCAAGGUCACACUCUGGUGUAGCUUUAUCACAGACCUCACGGAAUACACCCUCAAGAACACCGUCUGGUGUGGCAUUAUAUCAAACCUCACCGAAAACACCCUCAAGAACACCAUCUAAGACAGGUCUGUGCCACACACCCUCCAGGGCCCGGGACGCCGAGAUCCAGUCAGCUCGCCCCCACUCCAGAACAGAUUCUGACUCAUCGGACGAACAUCUGCAGUUCCUGGCACCCGCCAGGCGGACACCGGAACUUGAGGAGGCUGAACAGCAGGAGGUGGGCGCUCGGACUCAGAAGCCUGAGCUACACGAACUGAUCACAGCGCUGCCUUCGGUCCCCAAGAAUGAACCGCAGGAGCUGGGCACACCGCUACUGACCCCACAGAAGGCGGAGCUGAGAACCUUGCUGCCGACAUCACGAAACGCUGAACCACAGGAGCUGAGAACCUUGCUGCCGACGACGCCACAGAAGGCUGAACCGCAGGAGCUGAGCACAGCGCUGCCGACCACGCCGUGUAAAGUCACGGACGUGUAGCGUCCGGCGGAGAGUGCAAGUACAGUCAGCGCUGUCCCGUGUAGCGUCCGGCGGAGAUACAGUCAGCGCUGAUCCAGCGUGAAGCUGGGUCUGCCGGCGGAACUCAAGAGUUGGUUCAGCUCCCGCCCCUGCGCCGGUAGGCCGACCGGAGGAAUAGUGCCAUAGCUGCGACGCUGCCGGGCUGAGAGGGGCGUCCAUCGCGACAGACGAGGACUCAGCCGCUCGUAUUGGGGCGAGUGGUGGUCGGUGACUCGCUACUGGCGAACACCACUUACAGCUUACACCGCUUCCCCUGCGGUAUGUUAAUAAUUGCGUAGUGCAUAACUGUUAAUGAAGACGCUAACAUAUGUAUUGCUGUAAACGCUCUCACUUAGCUCUCCCCGGCCGAGGGAGACUUGAUUUAAGUGGCUUGACUAACAUUCACGGAGACGAUGUUCUGGUGCGAUUUUAUGCCUAAUUCUUUCCAUUUUGGGCUGUGAAAACGCAUACUCCGUCGGUGGCAUACGGCAAAUAAUAUAAUUAAUUUCUUAGCAGCUCACAUAAUCGAAUUUUUAGACGGUGUGUGAACUCGCAAUGAUAUUACACUUAAGUGACCGAGUCGAUAUUUGUCGAGGCGGGGGCCGCUCCGCGCCCAAUCAGUUGUAGUGAAUGCCUAGCAUAAAAGUAUUUAGCCAUUUGUGACGUCAACUAACCAUGUGUGGGACCAUCGAGCCUCCAGCGUGAUCACCAGCCCUCAGCCGGCGCUGGACUGCGUCAGAGGUGCUCACCGCUCAUUAUUCUUCGUCUGCGAGACGCGCUGUGGCUACUCUGCUGUUGUGAUACACAUGAUACUCACCUGCUGGUGCGGACUGGGGGCUGGAGGAGGGAGAGAGCCCUCCACCGUCCAGUUGUAUUCGCACCUGGCAGAGGAAGUGUGCUGUGUACUGCAUUCCGCCGUUUAUUCGCUCAUGAAGUGUAUGAGCGACCGAUGUCGGCUGUUGCUCCGUCUAUCCGUCCGUCCGUCCGUCCGUCCGUCCAUUCGUCCUUCGGUCCGUCAGCCCGUUCGUCCGUGCUGCUUUCUGGCCCCUGCUGCACCAGCACUCUGCUCUCAUGUGUGCUGCGUCGAAAUCUUUGGUUGUGUCUGUAUGUUUCUGUGUGACUUGCUGUGUCGGUAUGGUAGACUUUGUGGCUCGCCGUGUCCCUAUGAUUGACUUUGUCUUUGUGCCAAAUGCUCCCGGCGGUUCAAAACCAACGGCACACGACCCGAUGGCGACAUCCUUGGGAAGUGCUCCGGGAAAAGUGCCAAACUUGUAGCUGCCGUGAACUAAAUGUAUGCCAUAUAAAUGUGUCUAAAAUAUGCAAAAUCGGUUUGAUUUGGGUUGCGGAAUGCCGUAUAUCCAGUCCAGCAUUACCUGCACUUUAUAGACGUUCAUCUCUGUGGCUGCAUUUGCAAUAAGUAUAAUAGUCAAUGGAUGCGUCACUGGGCUGAAUAAAUGCUGUUAGUAAGACU